GAGGCAGCGAUAAUAGGAGAGAGACGCAGAGUGUCAACAGCAGGACCCUAACUAAUCCCGCAGCGAGCUCUCUGCUUGAUCUGGCGCUCAUUUGAUGCUAAAUGUGCAAUUCGCCGACUGAGGAUCAUUUCUUUAAGUUUGUGGGGCUAAUUUUAAGAUCUGAUUUAUCCGUAAAUGUACUUUCGGUGAGUUUGAAAAGAUCACGUUGCGGACAUAAGAGCGGACUCUGGGAAAGUUUAAAUGGGCUUUAAAUGGGCUGAUACCGGACUCGUGAAGGUUCCCUGGGGUUUGGGAUUCUUUUGAAAUCACCUAACAUUUUUUUCGGACGUCUGAUCACCAUGGAUGUCGAGGAUUAACACUGCUUUCAUUGACCCACGCACGUUCUGUGGACAAAAAUGUGACCACCUGCCUUUGAUCCCACACCUUCUUCUUUUCAUUUUAGAGAUAUUUCACUGUUUUAUUUCCUUUCCGCCCGGAGAUCAAGACAUGAACGCUUGAGUUUGAUGUGAAAAACGAGUGUUUAAGAAGGAGCCUCAAUGGAUUGAAAGGUUUUCCUUCUAGCUGCAAGCGAGGAGCGCCUAAAGCAAGGUUGGGAGAUGUGCGAAGGAGUCUGACGCAUGGCCAUGGGACUGUGGAGACAGUGGCUUCACACUGUCAACAUUGCUGUAGCCAUCUGUCUGCUGAGUGUGUCUCAAGGUUUGGCUUCGUUGGUGCGUGGUAGAGAGGGAGGAUCUGCAGAGCUGGGCUGUAGUCUUACUCCUACACCGAGUGAAGCAACCAGCCCAAACAUCUUUCCCUUACAUGUGGUGGAGUGGGUGCGCCUUGGUUACAACGUUCCCAUCCUCAUCAAAUUUGGAGUGUACGCUCCUCGAGUUCACCCGAACUACAAGGGCCGAGUGUCUCUGACUCAGGGUGCCUCUCUGCUGGUGGACCGCCUGACGCAGGAGGAUGAGGGCUGGUUUGAGUGCCGCAUCCUGCUCCUGGACAGCAAAACAGACGACUUUCGUAAUGGCACAUGGACCUUCCUCUCCAUCACAGCUCCACCUGUAUUCAUCAAGAAACCACCAACCUUUGUGGAGGUUCUGCUUGGAGAAUCACUGACUCUCAGCUGUGGAGCCCAUGGCAACCCCCGGCCAACCGUUGUCUGGCACAAAGAUGACAGCCCAAUUGAGAAACAUGAAAAAAUAAAAGUACUAAACGGUACCUUGUCCUUGGCCUCCGUCACAAGAAAUAUUUCAGGAGUGUACAGAUGUCACGUGUCCAACUCUGAGGGAAACCUCACCCACUCUAUGCAGCUACAGGUCAAAGGUCCUCCAAUCAUCAUCAUCUCCCCAGAGGACACCACUCUCAACAUGUCACAGGAUGCAGUUCUGCAGUGUCAGGCGGAUGCCUACCCCUCAAACCUCACCUACGAGUGGCUGAAACAAGGACAAAAUGUUUAUCAUAUCGAGUCCCUGAAGUCAAGAGUGAAGAUUUUAGUGGAUGGAACACUUCUUAUCCCUAAUCUCAUCCCAGAAGAUGCUGGCAACUACACCUGUAUCCCGACUAAUGGGAUUCUGACCGCGCCCUCAGCCUCUGCACAUUUGAAAGUGAAACACCCUGCACGUAUAGGCCGCAUGCCUAGGGAAACAUAUUUGCCAGCAGGCAUGGAGGGAGUCAUUGUCUGUCCUGUCCAGGCUGAUCCACCUGUGCUGUAUGUCAACUGGACCAAAGAUGGGAAUAAUUUGAAUCUUGACAAUUUUCCUGGUUGGAUGGUAAAUUCCGAGGGCUCCGUUUUUAUUGCAACAGCCAAUGACAACGCUGUGGGGAUGUACACCUGUACUGCGUAUAACAGUUAUGGCACUAUGGGCCAGUCUGAGCCCACACAAGUCAUUCUGCAGGACCCACCAACAUUCCGUGUGCAUCCUCGGGCUGAGUAUCUUCAGGAGGUCGGCAGAGAGGUGAUCAUCCCUUGUGAAGCUGUUGGAGACCCCACCCCAAAUAUAACAUGGAGCAAGAUUGGGCCCACCCCUCGUUCCCCCUACACCGUGCUUGCCAAUGGCUCCCUCCUGCUGCAUCCUCUCAGUAAAGACCAUCAUGGGGGCUGGGAAUGUCUGGCCACUAAUCGUGUCGCUACUGUCAGUGCAGGCACUGUGGUCAUGGUCCUUGGCACCAGUCCUCAUGCUGUAUCCUCAGUAUUUGUCACUACAGAGAUGAACCAGGCAAAUGUGUCCUGGGUUCCUGGCUUUGAUGGUGGAUUCACUCAGAAAUUCACUGUGUGGGUCAAACAGGCAUCCAGGGGAAAACAUGAAUGGGCGUCUUUGCCUGUUCCUACAUCUAAAAACUACCUACUGGUGACAGGGCUUCUCGCUGGCACCACCUAUCAGUUCAGCGUCCUACCUCAGAAUAAAGUUGGCUCUGGGCCUUUCAGUGAAAUUGUUUCUGUAGGAACCCAAGCUGUUCCAACAGAAGCACCUGCAGAAGACACCACUCUCCCAGUUCCAGAUCCUCCCCUUCUCCUGUCGGCCAACCGGACUGGGCAAGGUGUCGUCCUGCAGUGGCUGCCCCCUGAGAACCCGUCUUCUCCACUCACAGGCUAUGUGCUGCAGGCCCGCAAGGACCAGGGCCAGUGGGUUAUUCUCAGCAGCAACAUUACUGCCAAUCAGAGUGAAUUACUUGUACAAGGACUGCUAAGGGACUCUAAUUAUGAUCUGAGGAUGAUGUCUCGCAGAAACAAAGUCCUCAGUGAACCCAGUGACUCUGUCAAUGUAUCUACAAUAGGGAUGGAGAUGUACCCUUUGCGCCCAGGUUUUUUAGAGGUCAUCCCAGAGCCCCUGUUGGCUGGUGUUUUAGGAGGAGUGUGCUUUCUGUUUGUGGCCAUCAUCCUCUCAUUGGUGACAGCGUGCUAUAUGAGUCACAGGAGACAGCUUCGACGGAAACAGUCAAGACAAGAUCUUCCAUCUGCCUUCCAGAAGAACAGUCCAGAAGCUCGCUCACCCUCACGCAGCCCAGACAGUGUCCUAAAGCUAAAGUUUUGCCCACCGCUUCCAUUCUUCGCAAACUCGUCGUCACUGUCUGAUCAGUCCUCCUUUGAUAAAGGCAGUCGUGGGGAAUAUCAUGACCAACGGAAACAACUCUUGUCCAAUUCCUCUCCACCACCUCAUUACACACUGUUUGAAAGUCACCUGGGAUCCCAGGCCCCGUCACCAUCUGCGCUGGAAUCAAUUUCCAGAGGGCCAGAUGGACGCUUCAUUGUCCAGCCACUGCCAGCUGGGCCCAGUCCCUCCAGUAAGAACCACAUAAAGAAGGACGACCUCCAAAGUAACGGUGGGCCAAGUGGCUCAGGGAGCAAUCGGACGUCAUUAAGGGACUCUCCAAAGUCAAGCAUCUUGAGCUCAGAGAAAAGUGAGAGAAAGGAUUCCCCUCUUACUGUGGAUGUCCCAGAACUGAGCAGACCUCCAUCCUCCCCUGGUAGGGUACGAGCCAUGGCCAGAAACUUCUCCCGCCAUGGCUGCUUUUAUUCUGAUGACGAACAAGGCUCAGAGGCCUUGUUGGAAAGAGCUAGCUUUUAUUCAGACAACAGUGAGAAAAAAAACAUUGAUUCACUCAAGAGACACCGCAUGUUGGCCCACACGGAAGAUCUGUUUCCCAGUUUGGUAAGGAAAACAAAACUUCUGGAUAAAGAUAGAGACAGAGUUCAACAUUCUGGCUGUCAUCCUGUAGAAAGUCAGAAGACAAAUAACAGCACCCUGGUCUCUCAACUUGACAGUGAACUAGAGAAGGAAAGCAUUAACAAGUGUGUCCAAUUGGCAAAGGAACGGGAAGAAAUAGAGAGGGAGUUGAAGAGUUUCACAGCUGAACAUAAAAAUCAUGGUUGUGGAAGAGAUGAGCGACAGUCCAGUAGGAAGGACAGCCCUCUAAAGGAUGCACAUAAGUCAGAGAAUGAGGCUGUAUGGAAGCCACAAGAUGUUACUAUUAGACAGAAACACAGGCCUUCAGGUCAAACAAGUCGGGUAUCUGACUAUAGGAAGGCAUGCUACUUUGGGAACACCAGCAGUCCCAUGGACCAGCUCCCAUCAUCUCGCAUACAGUGGGACAUUAGUCCUGUGACAUCUCUCACCAGUCUCAUUCCUAUUCAGACCCCACGGAAGACCACAUCCCCCAGGUCGCAUUAUCCUCGAAUGCGCAGGAAAACCUCAGAGGAAUCUCUUGCUGUUGAUUCCUCAUGCUCUCCAGUCACCCAGGAUACCUCCCUUCCCAUGCUCUCCCCUGAUGUCACUGUAGAAAGAAACCGUGCUCUAGAAACACCAGUAAGAGACAGAUCACCUCACACAAAGACAGACACAUGCAGGAAGUUCAUGAAUGACCAGUGCCUAAAUGAUAGGAUACAGGAUGGAGGUGUCUCCUCUGGGUUGAGACACUCACCUGCUAAUGCUGACACUCAACCCUUGAGUUCAGCAGCUGAAAGCCCUCCAGUCGACAGUGAGAGGACUGAAAAUCCAGCUUCUACAACAUGUAAUCAUCCAGAUGAAACCACAGGGAAAAACAACCCAGUCUUGAGGGAUCUCAGUCCCUCAAAUUAUUCUACCUUACCCUUUGAACAUGAUGGAACAAAAGCAAAGGCCAAAGACACUCAGGGUCGGGAAGACAGGCGAAGCUCUGAGUUGGAAAAAGAGGGCGUGCGAACGGGCUCCAGGAGGAGUGACAAAUGUCUGUUCUCUGAUAGUCCCAGCACAAUUUCAACACUUACUCUUGUAGAGGAGGUGGAGAGUGACCACUCCCAAUUUUCUGUACCCAGGAUGUCUGAGUCAUUUAAGGCUAAGCCUGCAGCCCAGUCCCCUAAAAGCUCUCCACUGCAGACAAGCGCAAUUCUUGAAUACCUGAGCCUUCCAGGCUUCAUUGAAAUGAGCGUGGAUGAGCCUAUGGAAGAAGCUGAAGUCACAGACACUGCUGAACAAAGUUCAGAACCGAAGGCAGAAAAGUCUCCGGUGGCUAAGCCUGAUGUCGUUCCUAGAAACUGGGAGGUCCAUGUUCAGGAGAACCGCAAAAAAGACUCGAAACAUAAGGUCUGCUUUGAAAAAAGUGCUAGAGAGGACGAAAUCGACCUCAGUAGAAGACGCUCCCUCCAUGUGGAAUCUAGAGAUUCUUCACUAAGAGUUAGCUUUCCUGAUGAGACUGCUCCAGAAAAAACUAGCAGACAACUCUAUGAAGAGAAGACAUUAAUUCGAGCUGGAAAUAAAAGCACCGGUCGACCAGAGUCUAGACUUGGAUCCAGGUCAGCUCACACCUUACUCAGUGCAGCAAGAGGCAUGGUGGAUAUAGUGUCAAAGCAUUCGCAGAGUUUUGUAGACAGUGAUGAGUCUUUAUCAGAGCAAGCCCAAAGACCAGCUCCUCAGGGCAGCAGAGUCAAUAACAUUGCAUCACGGAUAUCUCAAGCCCCUGUGCCAUUUCUAAAGAAAUCCUUGAGUAUAGGCCCCUGUAGGACUCUUUCAGGUCUGGGACAGCCGCGUCCUUUCUUAAAGAAAUCCAUCAGCUUAGGCUCACAGAGGUGGGAGCAUUUUGAGAGCCCAAGGACUUAUAUUUCUGAGAAAUGUUACUGGGAUGAAUUUCCAAACCCAGAUGCCAGGAUGAAGUCCUACAGUCUGGGCCACACGCCAUCUUCUCUUCCCAGACCUGGCCCCUCUUGGAGGGAGUAUGUUCCAUUCAGACGCCCUAGCAUGGGGAGCUUGGAGAGGCCUCAUCAUUUACAAAGACCACUAGCAAGUCCUUCCUACCUCACUCCUUCUGCAUACCCUCUCAGACAGACGUCAGUCUCCCCAGUGCUAGAACCGUGUGAUCCACGUCGGCAAACCACUGUGUUCCCUGAGUCUUCCCGGUGGUCUCCCUCCUACCAUGAGACGCUAAGGUCUGUCCAGCAUAAAUACGUCCCCAUGCCGACCCCCAUCCCUGUCCCGCAGUACCAACACUGGCCAGGAUCCAGAGGGGAAAGCAUGAGACCCAUGGAUCCCAGGAGGGGUCCUCCCAGGUCCUACCUGCCCAGGGGCAUCAGCUGGCCCUCACCCUACUAUGCCCCCUUUCCACCCAGAGAGGCAGAAUGUUACAGGCCGCCAGACAGGUUGAUGGGGAGGGGAGGUGAGGCAGAAGCCCGGGAGGGAGGGAGGACCAGUUAUGCCAGUCAGAGCAGUGGCAGAGGUAGCGCCGGGCUCUUCCGCCAGUCCCUGUCGAUCACUCCCACACUGCUCAGUUCCCCAGAAACCACAGAGGAGAGCGAGCGGCACCGAGCUGAUAUGGAUCUGCCCGAGAGGCGAGCGAAAAGAAGGAAUACAUCAGUAGAUGAGAGUUAUGAGUGGGACUCUGCUGAUGCCUGUGUGGACUCGGAGGUCCUGGAGGCCACGCGGUCUGAUCGGUCACAAAUGGGUUGCCAUGGCGACAGGGGGCAUCCCAGAUAUGAUCAGACUGUUGGCCUUCGGGACCAGCGACAGAAAGGCCCAUCUCCCUCAGUCAGCCCGCCAGUUUCCAACCCGCCCCGCUGCCAGUACAGCCGCUCUCUAAGCGACGCCCGCUUCAACGCUCUCCGCCAGGAAUACCAACAGUACAGACGGGCUCAGGAAUCCAACUGUUCCCAUGUGCCCUCACUCGCCCCGGGAUCCGAUUCAGACUCUGACUCCAACUCAGCAUUGUUCUAGCAGCCUAACCUGGUAUGUCUAACACAGAUACCAAAUAGCAGCUGAUAUGAUGUCAGCACCAGGGUCCCAGACGCAGACGCACCUCACAUGGGCUUUUUAAUUACUGUUGUUAAAUGUUUUCAGCUUUUCCUACAGCAGACUGUGCUGUUUGCCAUCAAAUGUGAUAGAGGUGAAGUCAAAGCUAUGUUUCUUCUCAUUUCCAUACUUUUUCGACUGUUUCUUUGUCACAAAGCUGGCAAGGCAUUAUUUAUUUUGAAGAAGCUUGAGUACCUGUGAAACCUUGACAAUCAGUCACAACGGGCCCCUAUGAAAAAGACCUGCCUUAUAAAAGCAGCAGCAUGCUACAUAAUGAAGAUUGUAUUAACGUUCAUGUUUAUAGCAUUCCUUUAGUAUAAGCGGGAAAUUAAUUACAACUCUGCCGGUCUGUGUUCAACAUACGAAAACAAAAGGUCAUACUCUGGAUCACUAUUUCUCACUAUUUUCCUCUAAAUAUGGCAAUUAGUCCUUAAAAAAUUGGCACUUGGUACUAAGAUCUUUUGAUCAGUCAACUCUAUGGGUAUUUGUGUCAUGAUACACAAACUCUUAUUGUGCAUUUUAACAUAACGUUCAUACCUUUAAAAUAGACUUUAGUACUUAAAUGAACAUGUUUAUUUGCCACUGUGUUUUACCAGCUGGUUCCCUGACAUGACUUCCUGUUUUACUGCAUCUGUUACCGAAAAAUCCACCCAACUUGACACUCAACUAGUCCAAUCACUCUAACGUACCUCCCAGUAUUUGUUGAAGGUGUACAAAUGUCUAUAUGUACCUUAAUGUGAAUGAACCCUGCUCUUGUAUUAUAUAGUCCUCUUCAUCAUUUCAUCAGAUGAAAAAAUGCUACUUUACUCCUACUGAGUUGAUAAUACUUUGCCUCUGUGAUUAAGGCAAACUGCAAGACUUGAUGAGGAGCACUGGGGAAAUAACCUUUGCCUUAUUGUUGUCGUAAAUACACUAGUUGAUUGACCGUGAUAGGGUUGUGGUGACGAGCUUUAAUCAGACCAGACGGCUCAGAUGGUUUAAUCCUGAGUAACAUUGAGUAAUUCUGUGUUUAUUGAGGUGAGUUACAGCAUGAAAAACUGUUUACAAUUCACAUCACUGAUGUGAAGGUAACACUGUGAACUUUUCAUCAACUUCUGAUUCUGUGUUUAAGCCACAGGUCUGCUGUUAUGAAUUUUGUGCCCUCUAUUGUAUGUUAAUGUUUUGUAUUUCACUAAAAAAUGCUAAAAGCUGUUUUGUACAUCACCUGACAGGGAUUAAAAGACUCUCUGUAGCUACACUGUGCUGACAUUCAACUUCUGUUUCAAAUUCAAUAGAACCCAAAUAAAUAUCUUGGCAUGGAGUGAGUAUGCAUUUCUGAGGAUGGUUUUAGAGUUUUGUACAAACUGGAAAUUUUUAUAUAUCUUGCCACCGUGUUGUUUUUGUCAUUUUUAUAUGUUUUUAAUGAAUAAAUUGUUUUAUUCUGAAUCUA